ACAAACAUCUCCACAGCCUUGCGACCACGUGUUCUCAGCGGCUGUUGUGUGUACGUGUACGAAAGAUGCCGACCUACAAGUUGACGUAUUUUCCUGGUCGUGGCAGGGCCGAGUUGGCUCGCAUUCUGUUCAACUACACCGACACGCCGUUCGAAGACAUCAGAGUGAAGGGAGAAGAAUGGAAGCAACUGAAAGAAAGUGGGAAGCCACCGUUUGGUUUGUUGCCAAUUCUUGAGGUGGACGAUGGAACAGUGAUCAGUUCCAGUGCAGCCAUUGCCUCGUACAUUGCUGAUGUUACUGGACUGACGGCAGACACACCACUAGACAGGGCUAGAUCUGUAAUGGUGAUUGAUGUUUUUGGAGAUAUUUUCAAUCCGAUGGUCCCCAAAUACUUUACAGAAAAAGAUCCUGCAAAAAAGGCUGAGCUUUCAAAGGAGUUUGUGGAAAAGACACUACCACCGUGGGUUGACAAGCUCGAGGCCGUCUUGAAACAGAACAGUGGAGGCGAUAAAUGGUUUGUUGGUUCAAAGUUGACUGUUCUUGAUAUCAGUUUCUUCAACUUUUUUGACUUUAUGGGAACACUCUUGAGCAAAGAUAUCAAUGAGCUGCUUCCUAAAGACAAAGUUCCCAAGAUGGCAGCUUUGUGGGCUAAAGUCAAGGCGUUACCGAAAAUUGCUGCUUACUUGGAGAAGAGGCCACCACCGCCACACAAACAUUCCACAGCCUUGCGACAACGUGUUCUCAACGGCUGUUGUGUGUACGUGUACGGAAAGAUGCCAACCUACAAGUUGACGUAUUUUCCUACUCGUGGCAGGGCCGAGUUGGCUCGCAUUCUGUUCAACUACACCGACACGCCGUUCGAAGACAUCAGAGUGACGGGAGAAGAAUGGAAGCAACUGAAAGCAAGUGGGAAGCCACCGUUUGGUUUGUUGCCUAUUCUUGAGGUGGACGAUGGAACGGUGAUCAGUUCCAGUGCGGCCAUUGCCUCGUACAUUGCUGAUGUUACUGGACUGUUGGCCGACACACCACUAGACAGGGCUAGAUCUGCAAUGGUGACUGAUGUUCUUGGAGAUAUUAUCAAUGCGUUCAUUCCAAAAUACUUUUCACAACAAGAUCCUGAAAAAAAGGCUGAGGUUGGAAAGGAGUUUGUGGAAGAGACACUACCACUGUGGCUUGACAAACUCGAGGCUGUCUUGAAACAGAACAGUGGAGGUGAUAAAUGGUUUGUUGGUUCAAAGUUGACUAUCAUUGAUAUCAGUUUCUUCAACUUUUUUGACUCUGUGGGAACACUCUUGAGCAAAGAUAUCAAUGAGAUGCUUCCUAAAGACAAAGUUCCCAAGAUGGCAGCUUUGUUUGCUAAAGUCAAGGCGUUACCGAAUAUUGCUGCUUAUUUGGAGAAGAGGCCACCACCGCCAUGAAUGCUACUGUAGUCGCAAUAGCUUGCAGGAAUAUGAACGUAUCAUUGUGCAGGACUAGGUUGUAGCUGGUAUUACAUUUAAUGUAGUGUGUUUUGGCUUUUUCUGGA